CCUGCCCAACCAAAGUGCACAGCUUGUUGGACGGAGCUAGAUGAAAUUACGACACCUAUGCCUUGUGGCCACUACUGGUGUGCUUCAUGCAUAGUACAAAGAUUUACCAAGAUACGCAAUCAGACCGAGUGGCCAGUCAGAUGCCAUCACACUAAGUGUAUCAUCUCACUCGAUACCGCAAAGCCUUUCCUACGGGACGAGGAUAUCCAAAGACUGAUCCCUUUGAUCGAAGAAUUCGAAACAGCCGUCAUGGAUCGUGUCUACUGUUCGAAUACUAAAUGCAGCACUUUCAUACCACGCAAGGAUACCGAUGACCGCAUGGCUCACUGCGAAGCAUGCCGGACCGACACCUGCUCAGACUGCAAAGGAGCUGCUCACGAAAGCGAUGACUGUCCACUUCCAGAUCAAACCGAACAAAAGAUCCUCAUCAAAUCACACAAGGAGAAAUGGCAGAGAUGCACAAGAUGCGGCCAAAUGUGCGAAAGAAUCAGCGGAUGUUCAAGAAUUGAAUGCCUAUGUGGAUACAACUUUUGCUACCACUGUGCGGGACCUAUCUACUCUUGC